CAACAUAGAAACAUAAGGAAAGUAAAGGCCCCUCCCUCAUUUCCUCUUCGAUUAAUCUCUAUCCUCAAAAAUCUUCAAUACUUUGUCUCUCCAAGAAAUUAAAAAGAGCUGCACCUUUUUAAUUAUCUUCACAAAAGUUGCAGCUACUAAAUACUCCUCCCUUUUAUUUUCCAGCCUCUAAAUUUAUUCAUCACUUUCACACGCUCAUAUGUAGUAGUACAGAAAAGAAGCGUACUUCUUCAUUUCUAAUUAUGAAGAAAAUCCCACAGAAAUCUAAGGGGUACAAACAUCAUUAUUGGGUUAUAAUCAAGCUGCCAGUGAUCGUGCAUUUCUGCUAUGGAUUGUCAUGAGUCACAAUUGAACUACGAGGAAAAAGGAUUAAAGUUGGAAAAAUGGCUAAUUUCUUUUCACUAGACGGAAGAGGAAGUAGCAGCCAAGAUCAACAGCAAGAAAUUAGCAGCAGUCACCACCGUAUCAAUAACCGGCCAGUACCCACGGAAAUCAGCUCAGAGAGUUGGUUCUUGUACAGAAAUGAUCAUAAUCAAGAAAUGCCCACUUACAAAGGCUUCGAGUUAUGGCAAAAUACAACUCCUCAGCAUCAACCUGAACAACAACAACAGUUUCGUCACCCAGUUUAUCCUUUGCAAGAUCUUUAUUCCACUGCUGUUGGAUUAGGUGUUGGGCCCAGCCAAAGUGGCUUUGACAUAUUUGGAGGCGAUCAAGAGGCAUCAAGAUCAGGGUUUGUGAUGAUGAGGAGUGGAGGAGCUGGAAUUAGCUGCCAAGAUUGUGGGAACCAAGCUAAGAAAGAUUGUCAACACAUGAGAUGUAGGACUUGCUGCAAGAGUAGAGGGUUUCAGUGCCAAACUCAUGUCAAAAGCACUUGGGUUCCAGCCGCUAAACGUAGAGAAAGGCAACAACAACUUUCUGCUCUACAGCAGCAGCAAAAGGAACGACAUGAUCAGUUACACUUAGAUCAUAAUAAUAAUAAACCUGAAAGGCAAAGAGAGGAUCCAAGUGCUUCCUCUCUUGUUUGUACUCGUUUACCUUCAAAUACUAGUGGGUUAGAAGUGGGAAAAUUUCCAGCAAAAGUAAGUUCAGCUGCGGUAUUUCAGUGCAUCCAAAUGAGCUCAAUUGAGGACGCUGAGGAUCAGUUAGCAUAUCAGGCCGCUGUGAAUAUUGGGGGCCACGUGUUCAAAGGAAUUCUAUGUGAUCAAGGUCCUGAAAGUGAGUAUAAUAAUAAUAUGGCUGCAGCCGGUGAUACUUCUUCUGGUGGUGGAAGUGGUAGCGCUGGAGUUCAACACCACCAUAACUCCGCUGCCACCGCCAUCAUCGCAAGCGGCGGUGCUGCAGCGGCAGCGGAAGCCUCAAAUUUUCUUGACCCUUCUUUAUUUCCAGCUCCCCUUAGUACUUUCAUGUCAGCUGGUACAAUAUUCAAUUUAAUGUUUCUUCUUCCUCGUACUAUUAUGUCUUCUUCAAACCCUAACCCUCGGAGAUUCCCCAUUAUUGACAACCUAUCUCUUGCUCCUAUUAGAAGUAGGAGAAGAGGAAUGCUUCGUAGUUUAGGGUCUUCUUCAUCACGAGUUCCCUCUGUUCCUUCAUCGAGUUCUACUCCUCCAUCUAGAACCAGAGGUUCUCUUUCUCAAAGGUCUUCAUCAAGAGGUAAAGAACCCACUGAACCUCUUCGUGAACCUUUAGUGGAUGAAAUUGUUCCUGCGGAACUAUCUUUCUAUAAUGAUAGAGAAUCCCUUAAAAAUCAACUAUCUUCAUUAGUUGAGGCUUGUGUUGUGGUAUCCUUAACUGGAUUCUGUAACUGCUAUUUUUCUUCCUUUCUCAUAUUUGAAUCUGCUACGGAGUUGAUGUUCCUGGAUGUCUGUUGA